AUGACGAUCACGGUCACUAUCUCCAUUUCUCUGUUUAAGCUCCCCAAUGACACCAAAAGGCAGUCACCUUUCCGGGCUGCCAAACUGGGCAAAGCGGGAUGCAUAGCACCAACGGACAUCAUUUAUGACGUCGUUGGGCCGGUGGGCCCGAACAUCGCCCUCACAGAACUGGAUGCAGUGUGCGGCGCCGUCUCCAGCCGUUCUGGUUAUCCAGCCACUCCCCGCAACACCAUCUGUUUGAUGUCCGAUUACCACUUCGAGGUAGGUAGCGAUGAAGCAAUAAUGGCAUUAGGCAAGAGAGGGAUAAAACAGAGUUUUUGGAUGAGCCAUGCCAGCUUAAGCCCUUGCUUUGUUCGUAUUUCAACGACAUCGUAUGCGCAGCCAAACUCUUACUCAGCCAGCUACCUAGUCAAAGUGAAAGCAAAGAGGAUUAGACGAUCAGCCACUCCCGCAGCCUCAACCGGCGCCUGGACGCUGCCAAGAUUCGGAUGCCUCCUGGCGGCCCGAAAGUUGAUGAAACGCAGUCAACCGAAGCAUUCCCAGCCCUCUAUCAGCCAACCAUUGAAUCAACCCCUUUAUUUCUCUCUAUUGACCAAGGUUAUUGCAGCCGCCGUUCAGGUUCAUUGCAUGUGGAUGCCUCGUACGACAUCGCCUCACGACUCACGUACGCCUGUAGUCAACGUUACCUUUCCCCUCCUCAAUCUGCCGACCGCUCCAGUAUCAUAUAGUUCAGUAGUAUCCGUGAACUCUCCGGUUGAGCCCGGCUUUUUGGGUGAGGGAUUAUGUAACACAUUUUUCCAACUUCACAUCCUCCACCUUUCCCUCCAUUUUCCUCCACCUCGCGAUAUAUCUGGGUCUGGAGACUCCACGACGGCCAAUCACGCGAGAUUACCCACCGAAAGUCCCGUUGCUGGAUGCAUAGAGCCUGAACAGGUAACCCGUCGCGAAGGAGGAAAAACAAUCUCGCCCGACCGCCGCAAAAAACAACCGCAAGCUUGCCCGCCCCGUCAGCCCUCCGGACUUACGGACCGGGUCGGCAGACUUUCGACGGACUGGUCACGAAGUGGAUCGCCACCACGGUGUCCCCGUUUCGCCAAGCGAACGAUUUUCAAUGUUCCGGAGCUUGACCUCCUUGGCCGACGGACGAUCACCGAUGCCAAUACGAUCCGUCCGGCACUGGCGACAGGGGUAAACACGAUUCCAUAUCCGAAUUUCAACCCCUACUUCGAUUCAUCUAUUGGUCAUCUGCCGCUACCUAUCCUACAUGGCGAUAAGUCGAGCAAAUGUGGUGUUUGUAUUCUUCAAAUCCUGGUUGCAUGUUCCUCGGUUGAAACCGUCGAAUUGGAAGUCCAAUUCGACCUCGAGGCCGCGGGCCCGCACAGGGGCCACUCACAGACCAUACUUACGAUAAUCGUGGCCUGCCCAACCUGCGGUUGGAACCUCCAUUUUCCACCUCACGCAGAAGAUCAUAUAGUUCAACUAACCUCUUCGCCUACCCACUAUUCAAACCAACUACCCUGGGAUAGGGGUACCAACAGAAACACAAAAAUGAUGAUUGAAUACUUGGGCAUCUACCAACCAAAGCCUACUGCCUAA